GUGACGUCAUAUUCGCGUAGUGAAAGUUUCGUUCUCAUUUUGUUUUCUAAAGUAUUUCUAUCUCAUACUCAUAGCGCACGAUGCCGAACAUAAAAUUGCAGAGCUCCGAUGGCGAAAUCUUUGAGGUUGAUGUGGAGAUUGCUAAACAGUCUGUGACCAUAAAAACAAUGUUAGAAGACCUCGGCAUGGAUGAAGAUGAGGAGGAGGCCGUGCCGCUUCCAAACGUCAAUGCUGCCAUUCUAAAGAAGGUCAUCCAGUGGUGCACCUACCACAAAGAUGACCCACCACCACCCGAAGAUGAUGAGAACAAGGAGAAGCGGACGGAUGACAUAUCCUCCUGGGAUGCAGAGUUUCUGAAGGUUGACCAGGGCACGCUCUUCGAAUUGAUAUUGGCGGCAAACUACUUGGAUAUUAAGGGCCUCUUAGACGUAACAUGUAAGACCGUAGCAAACAUGAUCAAGGGCAAGACGCCGGAGGAGAUACGCAAGACGUUCAACAUUAAGAAUGACUUCACGCCAGCCGAGGAAGAACAGGUACGGAAGGAAAAUGAAUGGUGCGAAGAGAAAUGAGGUGCCUGUGCUGGCACGCCCGUCUGUGCAAAUUAAUAUUUAUUGCCAUUGAUUGGACGAUUCAUUUUACAUCCACUGUCACCAGUGGCAAUCACAAAGGUUGUCUUGUAUAUUGUGUGUGCAAAGUAUAAGAACUUGUAGCGGCAUCAGUUGCAUUACCCUGCAGUGUUCAGAGCUCUGGGUUGCAAUGCUUCAUUCACUGAAUCUUCAUCUAUUCAUAUGUAUGAGCACACUGUCUAUUUUGAGUGUUGCUGUGGAAUGGAUUACAAUGUACAGCUAGCUGUUCAGGUUGUAACUGAAUUGCUUUGGUCUGCCCGUUCCACUUGAGAUCUUGUUUGUCAGGUAUCGCACUAGUGGCAGUUCACGUUAGCAGUGACCAACGGUUUGCUCUGGAGGUACUGCAGCGUCAGUGCAUAUCUGCGUUGUCUAUGCAUCACGUAUAUGUGCAUGUCUGCGGAGUUUUAUUAGCCACUACUCUUAGUGGUGAAUAUUUGUAGCGAUAUCAGUUGAUCACAUCAUACUUAUAUUCACGUUUUGCGUGCUCACUUGAGUUUCUCUGUCAUUAUUCGGCAUGUUUAAAUUUUGCAGUUUAUAUUCUUGGCGAAUUCUCGAUACAUCGCAGCUACUAUAUGGUGUAAAUGGGAACUGAUAAAAUACUGUAGUAAUUAGUGAGUUGUGUAACGAACACUAAUCAGUUGGGGCACAAAGCUUGGUCAGUAGGCCCGUGAGGUUGGAGCUCUAUCCUACCACACACACACACGUCAACGUGAAUGAGCUGUUGUGAAUAAGAAAGAGAAGUCAUGCUCGUGCAUGCUAACUGCAAGUCUUGGGAAUGAACAGAAAGUUUACUACAAAUCCAUCGCGCCUAUCUGAAAAAUGUCGUGCCGAAUACGAAUUGCCAAAUUGUGCGGCCCACGGCAGCUGACCUGUCUUGUGUGUUGCGCAUAUAUAAUAUAUAUAUAUAUAUCAAUUAUAUAUAUAUCUCCUGAACAUUUGUAUCUGUUCAAUAAUAGAGUUCAGUGCAACAAACACGUGAUACAACAAUGCAGGCCAUUUUAUAUUUGCACUACUUCCAACUAAUCUCAUUCAAGAAGAGAAAAGAUUAAUCGUUGUGAUUAUGGAUGUGUCAAUGCUGCUUACACAGCAAUUGGCAGCUUUGCUGCAACUGCUCUGCUAACGCGUGGACACAGAUGUGACCUUACAAAGUUCUGUCAAUGCUCUAAAAUUCGCAUCCACCGCAUAUAUGUACAGAACAUAGGUCAUAAAUUUUUUGGUAGAUUCUUGUUAAUACUCAAGUGUCCUGUGGCCAUCGUUUGCCACUGAAGUUCAGUACAUGCAUGUAACAUGAGGCUUUGAUAUAAUAAAGCGUGUGAUACACCUGCCAUAUACCAGCCAACCGAGUACCAGUGAUGUCUAAUGAUUUAGCAAGCUAUAUUUCCAAUAUAAAACCCCGUUUUGUGCAUAUUUUGGAUAGUUUGUAAAUUUAAAUUGGCAAACUACUAAACAACAGUUGAGUGUACGUAUUACACAGUUCUGUGAUGUACACCAAUUUUAAGUUCACAUUAAUAAGUAGGAUAGUUUUUCUCACCGUUUGGCCUGUAUUUUAGUGUUUGUGAUAUUAAUUAAAGCUUUAUUUCAAAGUUA